AUGGCAGACCUAGCGAUCUCUGUCGACGAGUUCAAUGCCGCAGGGUGUGAGGCGUUAACUUGUGCUGACUCAAACGGUGGAACAGCUCAAACCUAUAAAGCUUGUCGUCAAAGCCCAGUUGAUGUGCUAGCAGCCUCGAAAUGCGUUGUGGAAGUCUUUGAAAGUGACAGCAGCUCGAACGGCAUCGUGUGGUCGACCGGUGGCAACUCAACCACGCUCCCAGAUAUCCGAGUCGUUAAGAACUCAGGCGUCACCUCGUGCGGGUGCAGCUACACCGUUUACUCGAUUCACACGGCAUCACCACUCGAGCAAUCUUCAAUUGAGAGCGGAUGUCCCGCUGAUCCACGGUCUGCGUCCCUGGUUAUCCCGUGCUACGGAAACGAUACUGUUCCAGACGCGUUGCGAGACCGAAUCACAACUCCAAAGGGGUCCGACUGGGUAAUUCAAUGGAUCUUAGAGCAUGGGGGCUUUGAUCCGACAACGGAAUCAUCCAGAGCGCCAUCUCAAGGUUCUGCAUCGGCGACGACGGAGGCUGGCGGCGGUGGCGGCGGUGGAUUGAGCUGGUGGUGGCUCCUGAUCAUUGUGCUACUCAUCCUUCUGUUGAUCAUUGCAACCGUUGUUGCUUGUCGCCACUGCCACCGUCUAAGCCGCUUCACCUCGCCGCCUGAUAACACCACGUAUAUCUUCGUCGGUGGUCGGAUGUGGGCCGUCGAAGAUGAUACUCAUGGUCGAGGAGCAGGCUACUGGCUCCGAUUCGCGAACUGGUGCAGGAAGACAUUCAACUUUUUCAACUAA